UGCAGUACGCAGUAUAAUAAUAUGAAAACGUGUUUAACUGAACUCACAGUAAACAGCAAUUAAGUCAGCAGAAAACAUCACAGAAACUUAAUUAAGACAAAGUCGAGAAAUAAGUUUCCGAAGAGUUAAAAGGAAGUGGGGGCACAGCAUCACAGUAUUUGCCAGGGCCUGCUGGUCCGUGAAUCGUCCGCUGCGGGACACCUAGCCUCCCCAGGGCAGCUGGGCCGGGCUUUGCCUUCCGGGGCCGCGUGCCAUGGGCCUGUCCUCGCAAGGCAGCCCGGGGAAGAAGCGCUGCCAGACCGUCCCGGGGAGACAGCGGGAGCGUCAGGCCCCGAGAACACGGAGCUGGCCUUGCGCAGCUGGCUGCCGACGGUCACAGAGUGGCCACCAGGUCAGAACAUCCUCCCCGGGCCAGCUCCUCUUCAGACACCGUGAGUUCUCCUCUGUGACUUGGUGCGGUGACUCGGUGACUAAGAUCAUCGCCAGCAGAGCGAUCGAAUGAGCGGGCCCCAAGCGGUCGACCUGCGGAACAGCAGCACGGUGACAGAGUUCAUCCUUGUGGGCUUUGCGCAGAGCUCCCUUUCCACACGGACACUGCUCUUCACUCUCUUCCGAGCGCUCUACAGCCUGCCCAUGGCCAUGAAUGGCCUCACCGUCUACAUCACGUGGACAGACCCGAGGCUUAACAGCCCCAUGUACUUUUUCCUCGGCCACCUUGCUUUCCUGGACGUCUGCUUCAUCACCACCACCACCCCACAGAUGCUGGUCCACCUGGUAGUCAAGAGUCACACUGUCUUUGUCUCUUGCGUGGCACAGAUGUACCUGGUUUUCUUUGUGGGUGUGGCCGAGUGCCUUCUCUUGGCUUUCAUGGCCUAUGACCGUUACGUUGCUCUCUGUCACCCACUAAGCUACACCCAGAUCAUGAGCUGGUAGGUCUGUGUAAGGCUCGUGGGUUCUGCCUGGAUUUUGGGAAUGAUCAGUGGUGUCCUUCUUGAUUACAUGACAUUUAGAGGUCCAUUCUGCAGAGACAACCAUGUAGAAAACUUCUUCUGUGAGGCUCCCAUGGUGAUCGCCCUGUCCUGCGGGGACCCCCAGUUUAGCAUGAAGUUGAUCUUUGUCGACGCCACUGUGGUGCUGCUCAGUCGCGUGGUCCUCACUGUCACCUCCCACACCCGCAUCCUGCCCUCCAUCCUCGGCAGAGACUCCUCCUCAGGUCGGGGCAAGACCUUCUCCACUUGUGCCUCCCAGCUGACGGUGGUCGUCCUCUUCUACACCUCAGCUGUGUUCUUGUACACGAAUCCCCGCAGCACACACGGGCCCGACCAGGACAAGCCUUUCUCGCUGCUCUACACCAUCAUCACCCCCACGUGCAACCCCAUCAUCUACCGUUUGCGCAACAAGGAAAUGAAGGGAGCCGUGGUGAGGGCCUUUGGGGAACCUACCUGGCCCAGGCAGAGUCUGUCCAGCAGACCGGGAAGGCCCCUGGAGGAGAAGCUCCCUCCCCUGGGCGGGAGAAGGUUAGUGAGCCCUUUCCCAUCCUGGACAGGUGAGUAACUCUCCAAUGCUGGAAGACUCCGGGAAAGAGAAUUCCUGGCUUCCUUGGCACAGACUCAGACCUGGAUAGUCGUCCUGAUUACUAAAACUCAUCUCUCUGACUCUACUUCCAACACACUGAAAGCACACCUUCCAGCACACCUUCCUAAUUUUCCUUAGUAGGUAUGUCUUAGGAUAGGAGGCACAAGUGCAAAGCAAUAAAGUAUCACCACCUGAGAUAAGGCAUCUAUGUUUCUCAAGAGAAAGUCACUGAAAGACCAUCCUUUUGAGAGCUUUACUUUCUAAUGGCAAAGUCAAUUAGUAGGAGCCUUGAGUUUGGGAGAAGAGUAGACUGAGAACCAUAACAGGGCUGUAGGUUCCAGGAAAUUGAAGAAAUAUGCUAGCAAAUGUGAUAACAUCCAUGCAUGGCAAUCCCCGAGUUCUUCAAUUAAGUUUCCAGAAAAAUAAGACUCAAUAAAUGGAUUGUAUUCUUAACCAGAGCCAGCAAGAGAAUGUGUUGUAUGCCAAAUACAUGUGGAUUAAUAAAAGAAAGACA